AUGACUGCAGUGUUGUUCACGAAGUUAAAAGAGACUGCUGAAGCGGCCCUGAAAACCAAAGUAGUUGACUGUGUAGUAUCUGUUCCGUCACACUUUACUGAUGCAGAGAGGCGUUCUCUGCUCGACGUCACUUACAUGUGCGGACUCAACUGCCUGAAGUUAAUGAAUGAUACAACCGCCGCGGCCCUGGCCUACGGUAUUUACAAACAGGAUUUACCUGAGGAGAAGGAAAAAUCCAGGAACGUUGUCUUUGUCAAUAUGGGCUACACCUCUCUCCAGGUGUGCGUGUGUGCCUUUAAUAAGGGCAAGCUAAAAAUGUUGGCAGUGUCGUCUGAUCCUUUUCUUGGCGGACGCGACUUCGAUCGAGUUUUGCGUAAUUAUUUCAUAGAAGAUUUCAGGCAGCGGUACAAAAUUGAUGUUACUACCAAACCCAAGGCUAUCAUCCGACUCACGGCUGAAUGUGAGAAGAUGAAAAAACUUAUGAGUGCCACUACGCAACCAGUUCCUCUUAAUAUUGAAUGUUUUAUGGACGACAAGGAUGUGUCUGGUACUAUGAACAGAGCGCAGUUUGAGGAAAUGUGUCAGCCUUUGCUUAAAAGGGCAGAAGAUACUAUGAGGUCCAUUUUAAGUCAAUCUAAAUUACAUCUAGAUGAUCUUCAUUCUGUUGAGAUUGUAGGAGGGUCUUCUCGAAUUCCAGCCAUCAAAGCAUUUGUGAAAAAAAUAUUUGGGAUGGAGCCAAGUACAACUCUUAAUGCAGAUGAGGUCAUUGCAAGAGGAUGUGCCCUUCAGUGUGCAAUAUUGUCCCCUACUUUCAGAGUACGUGACUUUUCAAUUGCUGAUUGUCAGCCUUAUGCUAUUACAAUGACAUGGGUUGGUGGUGUCACUGAGGAUAAUUCUAUGGAAGUUUUCCCACGCUUUCACCAGUUCCCUUUCUCCAAGAUGUUAAUUUUUUACAGAAAAGAAGAAUUCCAACUAAAUGCCCAUUAUUCCCCCAAUGAAAAAAUCAUAUUGCCACAGUUGAUGAUUGGCUCCUUUAAGAUAUACAAUAUUCAACCACAAAUGAAUGGCGAGAGUUCAAAGGUGAAAGUAAAAGUAAGAAUUAACAACCAUGGAAUAUUUAAUGUAACAUCAGCUUCCAUGGUUGAGAAAUUGGACAAUGUUGAUGGUAAUGAAUCAAUGGAUAUUGAUGACAAAAAAGAUGAGGAUGAUGAGACAGACAACCAAGAUAUCUCAAAAGCUGCUGAUCAAAAUGACACCGACACCCCAAUGCAAACAGAGGAAAGUCCUGGCAAGCAAGCUGCAGGUGACAAAAAGGAACCAGCUAACAAAAAAAUGAAAAAAAUAAAAAUGGUUGAUUUGCGUGUUGAAAGCAUUGUGCCGCAGUUCAGCAAGGAUGAACUACAGCUGUGUGUUGAGAGGGAGAACCAAAUGAUAAUGCAAGACAGGCUUGAGAAAGAUCGUGCUGAUGCCAAAAAUGCAGUGGAGGAAUAUGUUUAUGACAUGCGUGACCGUCUCUACGGGCCCCUAGAACAGUAUGUUGAAGAAAAUCAGCGGAGUGAAUUCAGCAAUAUCCUGAGUGAUGUAGAAAAUUGGUUGUAUGAUGAGGGGGAAGAUCAGAUGAAGCAGGUCUAUAUUGACAAACUUGCUUCGCUCAAGAAACUGGGUGAUCCAAUUUGUUACAGAUAUCAGGAAGCCAUGGAACGCCCCGGAGCUUUUCAAGCCGUUGGCAGUGCCCUGCAACAAGUGCGCAAGUUUUUGGAUCUCUAUUUGCAAAAGGAUGAGCGGUAUAACCAUAUUGAUCAGCAAGAUGUAAAGAAGGUUGAGAAGUGCUUAAAGGAAAAGUCUGAAUGGUUUGAGAGGACCCAAAACCAGCAGAACCAACGUAAGAUGUUUGAGGACCCAUUAGUGAGCUGCUCGGAAAUCAAUUCACAACGCUACAACCUCGAGUCAGUAUGUUUGCCUAUUAUAAAUAAACCGAAGCCUAAAGUUGAACCUCCAAAAGAUAGCGAACCUAAUGCAAAAACAAAUGAACAAAGUAAUCAGCAACAACAACCACCUCCAUCUUCUGAAGGCUCUGCACAAGCUGGUGGUGAGAAACCAGACCCAGUUAUGGAAGUGGAUUAA